CCCUCUCUUUUUCUUUUUCUUUUUUCUUUUUGGGUUGCUGAGACUGAGAGGGAUUCAAAGAAACAGAGUGUUCAGGGAGAUCAGAGGGAGAGAGAGAUUUUUUAAAGGGGGGAGAUGGCUGUAGAGAUGGUGCGUUGCGUCAGACUCUGCUAAAUGACUCUGUGCCAUGGUUGGUGUCAAGAUUCGGUCAUAGCACUGAGGAGCAUUGGAGCGCAUUAUUAUCCUCCCCUUCGCUUCUGAGAUCUAUUCCUCCCUUGGCGCCCCCAGAAAGUCGGCCAUAUUCGUGAACUUCUUCUGGUCCCCCCCAAUGUUCGGAGUAUCCGCCUUUCCGUCCCCGGGAAAGAUUGUCGGCCUCGGGUUAGGAAUCAUGUGAGGUCGUUGGACAGUGCUUUUUGAGUUCAUUUGAUCUAACGGGGAUCAGUUGAGUUGUGAGGGAGGUUCGUUUUGCGGGGGUGGUCCUGGUUUUGUCAAGAUGAAGUUUAUGAAACUCGGGUCGAAGCCCGAUUCGUUCCAGAACGAAGGAGACAAUGUCAGGUAUGUUUCAAGUGAGUUGGCAACUGAUAUCACCGUCAGUAUUGGGAGUGUUAAGUUCUACUUGCACAAGUUUCCUCUUCUGUCAAAGAGCGCACUUCUGCAGAAACUGGUUGCAGCUACCAAUAAUGAUGACGGCAAUGAAGUCAACAUCUCGGACAUUCCUGGUGGGCCUGCCUCAUUUGAGGUCUGCGCCAAGUUCUGUUAUGGCAUGACUGUCACCCUGAAUGCCUACAAUGUCGUUGCUGCCAGGUGCGCAGCUGAGUACUUAGAAAUGUACGAGACAGUUGAAAAGGGGAAUCUUAUCUACAAAAUUGAAGUCUUUCUUAGCUCUAGCAUUUUCCGAAGUUGGAAGGAUUCGAUCAUUGUUCUUCAGACCACAACAUCCUUAUUACCACGUUCUGAGGAGUUGAAGUUGGUGAAUCAAAGUAUUGAGUCAAUUGCUGUGAAGGCCUGUGUUGACAUCUCCAAGGUCGAUUGGUCCUAUUCAUACAACCGAAAGAAGCUGGCAGAGGAAAAUGGGACAGACUCAAAUGGUGUCCGAACUCGUGUGGUUCCAAAGGACUGGUGGGUUGAGGAUCUUUGUGAGCUUGAUAUCGAGUUAUACAAGCGCGUUUUGAUGAAUAUCAAAAUGAAAGAGGUACUUCAGGGCGAAAUCAUCGGUGAAGCACUGAAAGCUUAUGCUUACAGAAGGUUGCCCGGGUUCAGCAAAGGGAUGUCCAAAUGUGGAGAUACACUAAAGUAUCGGCUGGUGGUUGACACAAUCGUGCGGCUGUUGCCCGAAGAGAAAUGCAGUGUCUCCUGUGGUUUCUUGCUGAAGUUGUUAAAGGCAGCCAUUUGGGUGAUUCAGGGAGACAGCAAAAGGGACUUGAUCGGGAAGAUAGGACAGCAACUAGAGGAGGCUAACGUGAAUGAUUUACUCAUACGAGCACCAGAAGGAGAAAGUAUGAUGUAUGAUGUUGGCACUGUAAUCGCUGUAAUUGAGGAAUUCUUGUCACGGGAGAACCAGGAGAUCGAGUCCCUUGAAGAAGAGCAUGAGCUGGGAGGCAUGAGGAGGCCGGGGAUCUUGUCCGAUGCUUCCAAGCUGAUGGUGGCAAAACUAAUUGAUGCGUACCUCGCCGAAAUAUCAAAAGAUCGUAACCUGCCUUUGUCGAAGUUUGUUGAACUCGCUGAGAUGCUGUCAAGUGUUCCUCGGCCUUCCCAUGACGGACUUUACCGAGCCAUCGACAUGUAUCUCAAGGAGCAUCCUGGGAUCACCAAGAGUGAGAGGAAGAGAAUUUGCAAGCUGAUGGACUGCAAGAAGCUCUCAGUUGACGCGUGCAUGCACGCUGUGCAAAACGAGCCUCCUUUACGCGUCGUCGUGCAAGUGCUCUUCUUCGAGCAGGUCAGGGUGGCUGCGUCAUCCGGGAGCAACCCAGACCUCCCCAAAAGCCUUCGGGAGCUGAACAACGGGUCCCAUGGGAGCUCCAGGUCCGCCAAUACCAACACAGAGGAAGACUGGGAUGCCGUGGCCACGGCGGAGGAGCUCAAGGCCCUCAAGACCGAGCUGGCCUCGCUGCGGCUAAGCAUCGGGGCCCGAGGAGGGCCCGAGAGGAAUGGGGAGGGAAAGCCGAAUGUGGACAAGGCCGCGAUAACCAAGAUGAAAGGGCUGCUCCGGUCGAAGAAAGUGUUCAUGAAGAUGUUCUCGAGCAAAAGCCAGAGCGAAAACAACAGCGGCUCGGAUUCCUCCGAGAGUCUCGGCUCCGGCAACGGUAAUGUGGAUGAAGUGAAGUCGACGCCUUCCCAGAACAGGAGGUACUCGGUAUCAUAGUGAAACUGUGAAUCGGGGGUAGUUUUUAAUAUGUUCUUUUUUUGGCACCCGACUUAAUAGGAUUUAGAGACAUCAAAUGUUGGAUAAUGUCCUUUUGAAGUGGAAGUGAGAGUACAUAUGAUGGCUAAGGAUCGCAGGUAAGUGCUGGUCUGCUGAAGAAGAAUUUGUAUUUUGUUAGCAAGAGUUGUUCAAGUUGACAGCAACUUCUAUUUCAGGAAAAGAAGAUGUAAUUUGCCCUUUAUAAGAAGCGUCAAUUAUGACGUCAUUAUUAAGUAGAUUCAGCAAUGGUUAGUGAUUCGUCCUCGUUGAGAUUUUGAAAA